AUAAGUACUAUAUAGCUUUCAUUUCUCUAACAUGCAAUUUAGGCAUGAGGUUUGGACUCAUUGCUACCUUGUCAACUAGAUUUUUAAUUGAAAAAGACAUUACUAAGACAUGAGUAUGCACUGUACAUGUACAUGUACUGUUGUAACCCACAAUAGCACAGCAUUUUGUCCAGAGGGUGUAACAGAGCUCCUUAUAAGUCACAGCAUUCCAGGCAAAAGAAACAAGAACUGUAAGAUCAUAACAUUUUGCCUUAUUUUUGAUACAUCACUCUGAUCUUAUUUAUUUCAACUUGUUCAUUUUAGUGGAUGUUAUAACUUUAUCAGAUGAAGAGGAGAUCAUAGAAGCAGAAAAGUCUGAGAAUACUGCAACAGAACCUACAAUCAUCCCAGAAUCACCAGUCAGUGAGGAAGUAGGUGCUAAAGAAAGGGUAGAGAAGGCCAGUUCUACAGAGGGGAAUGUUUGCAAUGAGGCAGCGAGCAAACAGAAGUCACCCGAAUCAAAGGAAGAGCAAAGUGUUGAGAAAAAAUCUGACAAUCUACAUGGUUAUACCAGAGAUGAUCUUGAAAUAGAAAUUAUGCUUGGACAGGAUGUGCGACUUGGGACCUUAGCUUGCACUGCUACAAAACCUCUGAGGAUUGACAAUGAUGAGAUCAAACUUGAUAUUGAUUAUGACAACAAAAACUGCUCACUGACCAUCUUAGGAAAAGAUCUUAAUUCUUUUAAGAUUUAUACCGAUUCACAUCCUGGUAUGAUUGUCUUGGGAGUGACUCCAGGCUAUGCUCUGAAACUGAGACAAAGGAUUUCCAACAAGGGAAGUUUCAUUAACCCUGGAAGUGCUGUGGCAGCAGAAAGGGACAUUGUUCUGGAAGUCAGUGAACACAUUAAGCCGGAAGUAAAGGCUGAUUUGUUGGAAUGGGUCACAGACAAGUUAUCCAAAGAUUUUGCUGAGUUAAGCAUAAAAGAAGUGGAAAGAAUUAUGUCAUAUAAAACCCCUAGCCCAUCUGUCAGCAAGCAGAAUCAAUCAUCUGAAGAGGUGUCUUCUCCACCCAUGACAACUCGUUCCAGAACUUACAGUACAAGAACAAACAGCAGCAAGCAGUCUGUCAUAGUGUCAAAAAAACUUAUUGUUUAUCCUCCUCCUCCUCAAACUGGUGGAAUCACAGUUACUACCGAGGAUAUCGCUUGUCUUGAUUCUGGCGAAUUCCUUAAUGAUGUCAUCAUUGAUUUCUACCUAAAGUUUGUUUUCUUUGAGAAGCUUAAGCCUGAGGACCGAGCACGCACGCAUAUUUUAAGCUCAUUCUUCUACAAGCGGCUCACACAGAGAAAUAACAGCAAUAACGACACUUUCACCAGCACUCCGGACCGAAUGCACUCUCAGGUGCGAACAUGGACGAAGAAUGUAGACAUAUUUGAGAAAGAUUUUGUAAUUGUACCAAUUAACGAAAGCUCUCACUGGUAUCUGGCUGUCAUCUGUUUCGCUGGGCAGGAGAAUCCAGCUUAUGUUAACGAAAUCAAUGAUGAUGAGGAAACCGACACCAAGGGUGAAGCCACAGAUACGGAGACUGGAACCGAGGAAGAACUUGAACGUGGUGAUUACGAUGACGAUGAAGAGGAUUUUGAUUUCUCUCCGCUGGCAGCAUUGCGAAAGAAACCAGUUAAACGUCAAUCCAAGAAAAGCUUGUCCAAACAAAUCAUCAAAUCUCAACCGUGCAUUUUAGUGUUUGACUCUCUGGGAGGUUCGAGAACAAGGUGUAUGCUCAAUCUAAGAAACUACCUCAAGUGCGAAUGGAGAGAACGAAAGAAAGAACCUGCCUCGAGAAUCUUUGACAAGGACACAAUCAAAGGCAACCAUCCCAAGGUUCCUCAGCAGGACAACUUUUGCGACUGUGGCGUGUACGUGUUACAGUACAUGGAGAGCUUCUUUGAGGAUCCAAUCACAGACUUCACACUGCCCAUAAGGAAACCCAACUGGUUUUCAUCGAUCACACAAAAGCGAACUGACAUACGGCAACUUAUUUAUACCUUGAAAGCAAGUGCUGAGAUAGAUGGUGUCUCAUAGAAGGUUUUGGCAGACGAGUGAAGAUUUAUUUAAAGUAUUGGCCUGCUGAUGCGGGCCAUAAAUUCCGUAUUUACCUGCAAGCUUCACAUUUGGUCUGAAACUCUAUAUCGGGCCCAUUCUCCAUUCUUGGCCUUAAGUGCCCGGUUUGUUCCCAAACAGCCCUCGUGAAUUGCCUUUUUGUUUCUUCUAGUUUCAAUUUACUGGUGCAUUUUAAUGGCCAUAGUCUGAAAUCUCCAGCUCUCAGGACUGGCACUCAAUUUAUAAUAACCAAUGAUAUUUUAGAGUGAGAGAGAAAAAAUUUAAGCAUAAGACCACUGGAACAAAGCAUUUGAAUUUUCGAUUUUUAGACUGCCGUGUUUCACUGUGUAACGUGGUUGUUUGUUGGUUGCAUAAGUGGAUACAGAGGCUUACAGUAAAUAAACCGAUUACCGUGUUGAAAUU